CAGGGACUUGUCCGGCGCCUGAUCACGGACUUUGCGAUGGGCCACAAUCCACCGAAUGUGCUACAUCCGCAUGUGCGACUCCGUCAUUCGCGAGCUGCCAUUGUACGUCUUCACGAGCCUGUUCCUGAAGCCCCUUAUCCGGCUGGCAGUCGACAGGGUGAAGAAUGUGCGGCUGUGCUUCGCGGCCGCCAUGCUGCCGCACCUGCGCCGCGUCGGGGGCCGCCUCGGGCGCAACCGGUCGCUGGUGCUCACCGCGAGGACGAAGAUGCGCAGAGAGGACUCCGACCGGGAGGUCCGACGUGUGCUGGCCCCCUGCACGGAGGCGCUGGGCGUGCCAGACCAGGACCUGGUGGGCCCCGAGCCCGACUGGGACGACCAGGCCCCUCGAGGACGGCUGGCUGGCGCCCGAGGGCGGCACGGGUGGGCCUGGCCACCUUGCAGCGGAGCAGGCCCCCCACGCCGGCGCUGCUUCCAGCGGCGGCGGCCGCUGCCCGAGCGCCGCCAGCAGCAGCGCCAGGGAGAAGGACGACCUUCGUGGGCUCGUGGUCUUCCAUGCCCAGGAGAGGGACUCGGCCGCUCCCGCGGCGCCCGCCAACGUCCUGUCCAGGCCGGCGCCCGUGCAGCCCCCGCUGUCGCCGGGCUCUGCGCCUGGGUCUCCCUCGCAGGAGUCUCGCAGCUGGGCCCUCCGCCCCGCCAGGGAGCGCGCGGCUUCUCUGCUUUCUGAAGAAUGGCUCCUUCGUCGAUCUA